GGGAGAAAACCAGUGCCAAUUUCAACGAUCUUCAACGGCGUGCAGAAUGGCUGGCUGAUAUGUGCACGUUGACCCACAGAGGGCGCCAAAGCAUCGGAAAGCGCCUCAGCCCUGCCCACCUGAAUGUCUACAGGUCCUCAGUGAUGAACAGGAGAGGAGAACGUGUCACCAUUGACGAUGUCAAACAGGUGGCUGUCAGUUUGCUACAUGAGAAUUAUUCACUUCCCAUUCCUUUCUGCUUUCUGUCCAUGUUGAAGAGUAAAGAGCUGGAUGACGUUCUGGCUGCCCUUCUUGUUUAUCUGUCCUUUUUCUUUGACUACAAGUCUCUGGAGAAUAAACUUAAGCAUUUUAUGGCUGUAGGCAUCAUCACAGUGCACCAGAAGCUUGCAGAGGCUUUGGCCAGACAGGAGAUAGCUAAAAAGAAGUUGGCUAUCUGCUACUUCAGCCUGUUUAUGGACCUGGAGAUGAAACAAAACGAACACACAUCACAACACAAGGGCCAGAUGUUGUCACACAGUGCAGAAUGGCUGCUACAUGCAUGCUUGUAUAGUUUCUUCUGCUGCGUGGCCUGGGUGACGUUUGACAGGAAAAACCUGAGAGACAUCCAAGAGGAGGUUGGGCGCCUUUUGUACUCUGACACCUUCAACACAGCAGUGAGGAACGGGACUAAUGGGUCCCCAGCAAUGACCUCCACUAUUCUUAAUGGGUCACUGAAUACAGAAGAAGCUGACCCCAAGGAGACAGGAUGUAAGAGCACAUUCAAGAAAAGAAUGUUUCAGAGGCAUCCGACUUUCAACAGUGUAGUUAAUCAGCGCUCUCCACUGAUGGUGUCUCUGUUACCCUCACCCAAAGAACGCUCCCCCCAUCUAUUCCAUGGGAGCCAGGACAGAAGGCUGAGCCCGUGGCAGGCUGUGCACUGUGACAACAAGGUCCUGAUGGAGCAGAUCAACCAGCAGCUGGCCAGUGUCAGCAUUGGGAUUCUUGGUAAGCCACUGAAACAGUUCAGCUGCAGUACCCUGAUAGCCCACGGAGAGCAGAAGAACAACAGAGAUGGGGAUGGGGCCCAUGAACCAGGCACUGAGAUUAAUAACAACGAGGAUCAUCCGGGUAGAUGGCCAUCUUUUAUGGGACCCAAGUCGACACACCUUGCAGACCCUGAUCUGGCAGCCCCACUCAGAUAAACACCAGAAACUCAGCAGCUGCCAGUGAGGCUGUGACCUUAUACUGAAUGAAUUGCAUGUUUUAAAUGUGUGAGAGAGCAUUUCCAUUGGCAUAACACUGGCACUGUAUGUGCUUAGACUUACAGAUGCAUUCCUCAGCACAGUUUACAGGGUAAAAACAAAGAAAAGAUUCAGGUAGCAGCUGAGUUUUCAUUCUGUGCUCAUGGGUGCCUUGUUUUCCAAAGCACCUGCCUGGACUGUCAUCACACACACACCAUAUUUGUUGGGGUUUGACUCGGAAUUUAAAUCAGUUUCUUAUUUGCCAGCGGAUGGUGCUGUUGAAUAAAAUAUAAUGAAAUCUGUAACAACUUUGAAAGUCUCCACUUUCUAUAGAGCCUGAAUGACAUUCAGUUCACAUAUGAAAAUGAAGGAAGUCCAGCUCACUGCAUGCAUAAUCCACCCUGCAUAAUAAAAUUAUACAGCGUUCA